AUGCCAUGGCAGGCCAUGCAGCGAACGCAGGACGCCGCCGCCUCAACAGGAGGCUGCAGUGAAAGCGUUUCCGGUGCAAGAGAGCGGCUGAUCCACGCGGUCAGCGGCUGGAUUCAAAAUUCUCCCACGGCUUGGAACGUGUGUUUCAGAUGCCUAUUUUUCCUGGUGUUGGGACAUGUGGUGGUGCAGCUAUGGUGGGCAUGGCCGACAGGCAGCCUGAGCCAGCCAUUGGUCUCGGUGACGUGGCAGACGACGAGAAGGCUCUACCUCAUGCAGCUGGCGACUGUAUCGUUUUCUGCGACGCUCUCGCUCCAUGUACAGAUUCGUGGCUUAGUGGGAACUGCCGGGAUCAUCCCAUUCCCACAGUACGCCUCCGAGCAGAUGCGGCGCAACCCUCCAAAGGUGAGGCUACUGUGCUUGGAAAGCAUGGUUGAAGCGCCUAUUGCCUGGGUGGUACGUUGCUUCAAUGUGCUGGAAGCGCGAUGGUGGGAGCAUGGAAGCGCGGCUACUGUCAGCACGGAGAGUGCUCGCAGGGAUGCCUCAGCGCUCACAGAUUCCAAGCUGCUGGGCCUAUGUCGAAUCGGCGAGGUCUGUUCAUGCAUGGUUUUUCUGCUCUCCGUCCUGGAGAUGCCCGGAACUGGUUGCAGCGUGACAGGAAUGUUUCUACAAUGCUGUCUCGGCCUUCUCAGAGUUACGGCGCUCUUGCUUGCCACGCUCUGCUACCGCGCCCUACGAGGCAGCGCUGGCAUCUUCGCAGCUUUGCAAUGGGACUCCUUGGUGAUAGAGGCCAACAUCUUGGCGCUACCUUUGGCAUUCCCCUUGUUGCCAAAUGCUUGGCUUCCAGCGCUGCUGCUGCCAAACGCCAAGAAGGCCUGA